AGCUUCUAGAGCUAUCUACAAGCCAAACACAAUGGGCUACGUUCGCAAAACACUCCGCAAAGAGCACGAUACCCCUAAACGAUCACGAUUCCGGUGUCUUGUUGAGCAAGGGCUCUCGCAAGCAGAGGCUGCUCGGCGUGUCAAUGUCAAGCGCAAGACAGCGAUUAAAUGGCUACACCGACAGCCUUCCGAUCGACGGACAGGUAAAACGAGGACGGGCAGACCCCCUAUUAUCUCAGAUGAAAAGGUGGAGGAGAUGAUUAGGUGGAUGACAGGCCACUUUGACCGGCGAGCAAUGCCCCUCCAGGAGAUCGCACGAGAGCACGGUAUUAAAGCCUCUGAUAAUACGAUUUUAGCUGCCUUCGCCCGUCACGGAUAUCACCACCAUUUACCUGAUUGCAAACCCUUUCUCUCAGAAGCUACAAAACGAAAGCGAUGGACCUUUUCAAUUGAGAAUUGGGAUCGGGGGAAGGAGUACUGGCGUAAGGGCAUUUAUUACGAUGAGACUACAAUCCAAUCGAAUUUACGACGACGGCUCAAAAUCCUUCGCAAAAGGGGAGAACGACGACGACUCGAUUGCAUCCAAUUCAAGUUUACAAGUGGUCGGACAUCUAUACAUUGUACAGCGGCGAUUGGAUAUAACUUUAAGAGCAAGCUUGUGGUUUUGUCGAUGGAAGGAGAAGGAAAGGGCUUUACACAAAAGAAGUAUGAGGAGCAGAUCUUGCGAGGGCUUUUAGGAGAGAUUUGUACGGAUAAAUACGGUCAAAAGCAGAGUUUAGGGGCUUUUUGUACGGACGAAGACUACUUUAUAGUUGAGGACGGAAGUAGAGUGCACGGGAAGAAGGAUACAAAGAAGAACCAAGGUCUUUGUAAUAAAGCACGGGUGGAAUGCUUUAUAUACUCGAUCGAUUGGCCACCCUCUUCCCCGGAUUUGAAUCCAAUUGAGAACGUAUAGAGGAUCUUAAAACAAAGGCUCCGGAAUAGGAAACCGUACGGUGGGUAGUCUUUGAAAGACCUCCAGGAGGCAGUCCUUGAUAUUUGGGAAAAGGAGAUUACAGUAGAGGACUUUAAUAAGUAUAUAGACUCCCUUCCAGAAAGGCUUGAGAAAGUCAGAUUCCGGAAAGGUGCACAAACUCAUUGGUAGAGCAUUAAAGCAGCAUAUAAAUUAUACCUAAUUUGGAUGUCUUGG